CACCAUCUUUCUUGAGGUGUCCACUUUAUUGGCCCCUGCGUUUCAGUGAUUUCAGCUCUGAUGGCCCUCAUUAUUUAAAGCAGGUGUGGAUGUGGAAGAGCAGGUAUGCUGUUUUGUUAAACUGGUUUGGUGACUAUGUGAAGCAUUUGUUUCUCUGACAGCUUCCUACAUACAGCAUGCUUUAAGGUGAGACAGGCAGAAGCAGCCCUACGAGAGAUGGCAGCGUACCCAGGGCAGAUGAAUGUGCAGCCUCCUCCUUACUACCCUGUGGGGGUCCAGCCUUACCCCAGUGGUCCUCCGCAGUAUGAAAAUGUUAGAUCUCCAUAUUAUGUUCCUCCUCAACCUGUACAGCCUCCUCCAUAUGUGGCACAUGAGAGACGACGCCCUCCUCCUAAAUCUUCACGAUGUGUUUGGUGUGGCUCCUGCACAGGGGUGAUCCUUGCCAUUCUUGCUAUACUUGGCAUCGCAGUCUGGCUCGGAUUAAAGUAUGGCCCCAGUGUGUACAAUGCCAUUACCAACUCCCAGCCAGGCAGCAGCAGCGACAACAGCGGCCAGUACACGCCAUACACUCCGGACACCUGCCCAUCAAACGUCACCUACUGUAAUGGGGUCCUGGAGUGCAGUCAAGGCUCAGAUGAACUGGGCUGUGUGGUCUUUGGAAACAACAACGAGCUGCUCGUCAAGUACUAUAAGACACAGACCUACCUGCCCGUCUGCGCUGCCAGCUGGAGCAAUUCGUACUCUCAGACCAUCUGCAGCCUGCUGGGAUUUAACGGCAUUAACUCCAGCUCUUCAAUUACUGACCAGCCUGCCAGCUUCCUUACUGUUGCUCCGGGCCGAUCUAACAUUAAUAUCCAAGGAGAUGUUUCCAGCAGCUCCAACUGUCCAGGACAGGCGUUUGUGUCUCUCCAGUGCAGCAACUGUGGAAGACAGAUGCAGAGCCAGAGUCGGAUCAUCGGAGGUACACAGGCUCCCCUUGGAAAGUGGCCUUGGCAGGCGAGCCUGCACUACAGCGGCUCUCCUACAUGUGGUGGCAGCAUUGUGUCCCCAACCAUAAUCAUAUCAGCAGCCCACUGCUUUUACAGUAACAUGUACGACCCAACCCAGUGGAAGGUGUAUGUAGGCACUGUCAACCAGAAUAACCUCCCACCCGCAAUAUACGUCUCCAGGAUCAUCAUUAACUCUCAGUACGACAGUAACAGCCACGACAACGAUGUUGCAAUCCUCGUCCUGCAGACCUCCAUCACCUAUACAAAUAACAUUCAGCCCGUCUGCCUUCCAACUUCAUCCCAAACUUUUUCUGCAAACAUGAACUGCUGGACCACCGGCUUUGGAACCACCCAGUAUCAGGCCCAACAAGGCUCUACCUACUUAAUGCAAGUGUCUGUGAACAUCAUCAACUAUAAUGUGUGUAAUGGUCCUUCAGUGUAUAAUGGCGUUCUGACCUCCAACAUGAUCUGUGCUGGUAACCUCAACGGUAAAGUGGACUCCUGCCAGGGGGACAGCGGUGGGCCUCUGGUUUGUUAUGUCAACCAGUCAUGGUACCUGGCAGGUAUCACCAGCUGGGGGAAAGCAUGCGCCCUGGCAAACAACCCGGGCGUUUAUACCAACGUGGCCAAUUUUUUGCCGUGGAUCUACAGCGUGAUGGAGGCUCAGACACCAAAAUGGAAAAAUGUAAUGGCAAGCGCUGGGAUUCAAGCAGGCUAGGGACCACCUGGACUUGUCGAGGCUUUGCUUGUUUGCACAUAUUUAUCCCAAUCUCACAAGUCUGUUUUAAAUUACAUGUCUGGAAAUGAUAUUU